UACUAUACUGAUAGUGGAUUAUACUAUACUGAUAGUGGAUUAUACUAUAUUAUACUGAUAGUGGAUUAUACUAUAUUAUACUGAUAGUGGAUUAUACUAUAUUAUACUGAUAGUUCUGAUACUUACACAUACUGAUAGUAUACAUAUAUUGAUACUGUACUACUCAUACUGUACUAUACUGAUAGUAUACUGAUUUACUGAUAGUUUACUGAUUUACUGAUAGUUUACUUAUACUGUACUGAUACUACACUAUACAUACUGUACUGAUACUACACUAUACAUACUGUACUGAUACUACACUAUACAUACUGAUACUACACUACAUACUCCUACUGUAAUAUACUCCUACAUUGUUACUGUUCCAUACUUUCCCCAUGACUAAAGCUGAAACACUCAAAGCAGAAGGCAAUAAAGCCUUUGCCAAAAAGGAAUACUUAAAGGCCGCUAAACUCUACCGAGAUGCCAUAAACUUAGACACUCUAAAUGCCACCCUUUACUCCAAUCGAGCUCAAUGCUUUAUAAAACUCGAAGAUUAUGAACGAGCUCUAAAGGAUACCAUUCACGGUAUUAACUUAGAUCCAGACCACAAAUUACUUAUAAAGUUAUACUAUAGACAAGGUUUAGCAUUACAUGCAUUACAUAGAAAUCAACAAGCAAUAACUAGUUUUCAAAGGGCUUUACAAUUAGAUCCUAAUGAACAAUUAGUUAAGGCUGAAGUAACUAAGAUACUCAAGGAGUCACCGACUACUAAUGAGAAUAUAGAAAUUCCUAUUCGAGAGGUACAAGAUUUACCGCAACAGUUCAAUAGUCUAUUGAAUAUUGAGUCACACACCCAAACUCAAACUCAAACUCCAAAGCAUGAAGUAUCUGAACGAGCUCAUACUGAGAUAAAUGAACUUUUUAGUAAGACUGAGUCUAACAGUAAAACACAGACUAAUCAGUCUAACAGUAAAACACAGACUAAUCAGUCUAACACUAAGAUUCAGACAACUGACUCUCCCAUGACUCACUUAUCAGCUCUAAGGAGUGUACCACCUGAAAAAAAAAUUGGUGCUUAUCGUUACGUUAUUGCAGCUUCAUUAGAUGAUUAUAUUAAUACUUUCACUCUGACAAUUGAAUUAGAAUUCUUACAAUUUUAUAUUGAAGCUGCUAAUUAUAUAUCUAAUGAUAUAAUAACUAAUUGGGAUUCUCAAGUUAUAAAGCAUAUGCAAUUCUUUAGUCAACUUGGUAGAUUUAAACUUAGCUUACAAUUAAUUGAUGAUAAAUUAAUUCAACAAUUAUUAACAAAAUUUAAAUCUCAAUCUCCUACCAAUUAUAAUACUUUAUAUAACUUACUUAAUAAGUCUUAAUUAACUUAU